AUGUCAGUGAAUCAUACAUUACUUGACUUUCAUGUGACACCAGAUCCAUCUGGAAACUGGAUGGUUUCAAUAAGUGAGAAAAUGAGAAGAAUUAUUGGAGAAUCUUUUAAAAUUGAAAAGCCAGAGUUUAGCAGCCCUACCACCAUGCUAUUUGCUGGUCAAAAGGGAAUGUAAGUGCAUUGUUAAUUUUAAAACUAUUGUUCAUUUUGAAACUAUUGUUCAAUUUUUCAUUAUACAGUCUCCACUGCUUUACAAAUAGAAAAGAAUUACUCAAUUUAAAGAUGGCAAUGAUUCAAAGAAAUUGUUGGUGAAAAGAGAACAUUAAUGAUUAGCAUUAUUAUUUAGCAGGCUCUGUUAGAGUGCGAGAUGAAGCAGAACCUAUGAUUUUGAUUGACCUUCUGAGUGGGAAUAAUAGGCUUGUCCACUUUGCACUUGCGGAUGAAAUCACUCGCAGCUGGCGUUUUAAUCAUCAAAUAAAUCCUUCAGUGAAUAACUUUUUUAGUAAAGAUGGCCUCAAUAUUUUUAGUCUUUUAUGGUCAAUGAGAACUUGUUCUCUGUCUAGCUAUAAUGACCUCAUGGUUGGUCAAUAUUGAGAAUAAAUAAAUCCUUCAGUGAAUAACUUUUUUAGUCAAGAUGGCCUCAAUAUUUUUAGUCUUUUAUGGUCACUGAGAACUUGUUCUCUGUCUAGCUAUAAUGACCUCAUGGUUGGUCAAUAUUGAGAAUAAAUAAAUCCUUUAGUGAAUCACUUUUUCAGUCAAGAUGGCCUCAAUGUUUUUAGUCUUUUAUGGUCACAGAGAACUUGUUCUCUGUCUAGCUAUAAUGAUGUCAUUGUUGAUCAUAUGGAGAAUAUCAACUGUAUGACUUUCUGAUGGGUACCAUGAAACUCCAGUAUUUGGUGGGAACUAGAAAUGAUUACUAAUCAAGGUGAAGUUUUGCUGUUUUCACAGUCAGUGUACAGUACAGCUCUUUCCUGAUGGUCUUGUCACCCUAGAUGUUGUGCAAUACAUCAAUAAUAUUUCCAGUGAGCAAAUCCUUAAAAGAAGUGUGAGUGCUUUGCAUCAGUUUUUAUUACAUAUAGAAUGGAUUCUAAAUAUACUGGAUUAACCCCUUAACUCCCAAGAUCUGUUUGUUAAUUCUCUCCUCUAGCUGCUACACAUUUUCUUGUAAAUAAGUUACAAAAAUUUGGUGUCAGAUUGAGAUAACAACAUACUUCUACCUGAUAAGUUUGAUUAUUCUCAUGAUCUGUUUGCUGGAUAAUGUUUAGAUACUAUAGGGGGAAGUUACAUGAUAAUCACUUUUGGGAGUUAAAGGGUUAACAUGUCAAAGUUUUAUGGGAAUGUAAAAAUAAACAAAGAAUGACCAUAACUAUGAGCAAUACCAAAAAAAAUACUUGUGUUUUGUCGUAAUCAAUAAUUAUUAUUGUAAUUAUGAUUUUAAAAUGAUAAUUUAAAAUUUCUAAAUGAGUACCUUUAAGAAAAAGGAUAUAAAAACUGCAAUAAUUUGUUACAAAUAACCACACCAAACACUUUGCUGUCCCUUCACAAGCUUGGAUAUGUUUGGUUUCAAAUCAUGUAUUUUCAUUUUCUAGGACUACAUUGAUCUCCGCGAUAAAGUAGAUGAGGCAUUGUCUUGUUCAAAGGCACAUUUCAUCCCUACCAUUCAUAGAGGAAGAGAAAUUUUGCGUUACCAUGAUACAUCAGAUGGAAGAAUGAAGGAAUAUGACUUUGACAAGUAUGGGAAUAGCAGAUUCUUGAUUGAUGAAUAUGUAUUUUGAAUGAGAGUGUCAUUAAUUAGUGUAUCAGAUUUCCUGUCAAUUUUUAGUUGAAAGGCAUAUCAGUGGGAGAUUUUUCUGCUCACUAAAGUAUUAUUGCAUCUUUGCAUUCAAAUAGAAAACUUAAGGAUAAGUUAGAAAAACAACCAUUGUUUGUGAUUUGUGUCCUAGGGAAGUGUUUAAGCAAAAGUCUGAUUACCAAGAUGUAUGGAUUGCUCAUUCCUCACGCUAUGGAAAUAUGUUGUUUUUAGAUCUGGAAGAGAGUAAGUUACUAAUUUAUUGCUUAAAUUAAUUUUUAUCUCAAGUCUUGUACACAAAAAUAAGCACUAAUUUAUAUAAUUUUGAGAGUAGUGGCCUUUGGAAAUAAAAAAGUUGCAGUUGUCUCUUGGGUCAAUAAAGGUGUUGAACCAGGGUUUUGUUGCAUAUGAUACUCAUUAAAAUGAGUAAAUUGAACAUUAACAAGAUAAAACAAGGUGGAACUGUUGUGUUUCUCUACUUGAAAUGAAAUCGCAUACCCUAUAUAACCAAAUAUUUCCAUUUGUGCCCAAAACUUUUCAGUCUGUUUUUUAACUCCCACUUAAUUGUACAACCAUUAUCAGCCACAGAGAGAUUUUACAUAAAUUAACUGCAUUGUAUUUGCAAACUAAAUUAUUACUUUCCUUCAUUUCUUAUACCCCUCAGUGUUGGCUGAAAGUGACAUUGAUUACACAAAAGCAUUGUUAGGGAAUGGUAGAGAGAGCUACAAAGACAAAGAUGUCCUCAUUCUAGGAGGAGGAGAUGGUGGAGUUUUAAAUGAGCUUCUUAAGGAGUCUCCAAAGUUUGUCACUAUGGUUGAAAUAUCCUUUGUACGUAGUAAUUCAGUUUUGAGAGAAACAAAAAUUCUAGACUUAAUAGUGGAUGCCAGUUUACCAAGCUAAUAUAACAUGUGGAUCCAGUCCAAUAUGUUUCAAGCAUUUGUUGUUACUUAACAAUUAAAACAUAGACAAAGUUGUUGUUGAUGCAUCAAUUAAUCAUUUACGUGGAAUUUGUGGCAGCUCAAUGGAUUCAUACAAAGGACAUAAUUUUGAGGUAGCUGUGAGUAAUGUUUGGUUAGUCUUGUUUGCAGCCCUUUUUUGGAUGUCAUUUAUUUAUUUAUUUCAAAUUUUUAUUUUAUGUAAUGCUGCCCCAAAGUAUCAAGCCUUUUUUUCCUUUGUCUUUUUUUGAGGGUUGAAGGGGGGACCUUUUGUUAUAUACAAACAAUAACGAACAUAUAACAUACUACUUACACAACUGUUUAUAUAUAUAUUUUUUCAAAACUCAUAUUUGCAUUUUCCUGACUAAAAUAAAAGGUAGCCCUUAAGUUUAACUUUAAACCAAAUCAAGGUUGCUCAUCUGGGGACUGAUAAAAGUUUCCAAGUGUAUCUAAUUUGAUUUUUAACAAUCAUAAUUUUCAGCCACCAGUUUAGAAAGGGUUUACCCUUGCUUAUUCACCUAGUGAAGUUGGUGACCACAUGGUGCUCACUUACCCACCACUAUGUUCCCUGGGAGUGGCAUUCCAGCUUUUUUAUUGUGUUUAAGUUGUGGUUUAAGUCCCCUAAAUCUGUUUUACUGGUUGUUGUGUUCUGUUACAGAUUAGAAUUGAUGACUGUGUCAAGGCAAUGAAGGAAUAUGUGAAAAGUGGAAAGACUUUUGAUUAUAUUAUUAAUGACCUUACAGAUAUACCCGUAUCUGUCUCCUUGCAUCGUAAGCUUUACUUAUACACUAUAUUAACUCUUUAACUCUCAGAUCAAAUUUGUAAUUCUCCUUACUGUCGACCAUACAAUUCUUAUAAUGUUAGUUCAGAGAAUUUAGUAUUGGAUCAACCCAAUUAUCCCCAAAUUGAUAUUUUCUUUAUUCUCAUCACUCAUCUGGUUGAUACUGUAUUGAUAUUGUAAGGAGAAAUUCUGUCUUUGUCACUCCUGGGAGUUAAAGGGUUACCUAAAUUACUGGAAAGUCUACUUCUAGUUCUCUGAUCAAGUUUAAAGUUUCUGGCCGGUAUCAUGUUUGUGUUAUCAUAUAUGGGUAAAGAUGGUAACUGUAAGCUAAAGCGAGUAACUGUUUUGUUUGGAUUCAUUAAGGUCUGCACCAACUUUAGAGUUGUCUUUCUCACACCUUAUUUCUUAGAUAUGUCUAGUGUUUUCUGUAGAUUUUGUCGACGAGGAAUCCUUAAUUAUGAUUUGAAGACAAUAGGGCUUUUAAUACGGGGAAAAUAAUCGACGGCUUACACAAGCCGCUGCUUGCAUAAGACGCGACUGGACCAUUUAUACGAUAUUUAACCCGCGAGGUGCUCGUAUUUAUAAAUGGUUCGCAUUUUAGUUUUGAUACAGUCUCGUUUGAUAGAUAAACUGCCAACAUUUCAUCGGUCAAUAGGCCCGGAGUUUCCUGGAAAAACAGGAUCAAGGAUGAACGGAUCACCGGAUCAAGGAUCAAGGAUCAAUAGCCAAAAUGAACUUUUGUUUACUUGCGCUUGAUUUCGUGAUUAACAUGGAGAAAUGACGCGUCGUAACGAGGGUGUCGCUGCUUGACACACUGGGGGAUUCAUAUAACAAUACGCGUUCCGUUCUCUUUAUGACUUUUUCAGAAAUUUGGAAAUUUCAUGUGAAUAUAGUAUAUGCACAAGUGAACCCGCUCUGUAGCUGUCAGUCUUCAAUAGCUGUCCUAAUAGUCGGUAGGCGAAAAUUAGCACUUCCACUAAGUGGUAUGGCUUUUUUAGAAUACAGUAUAUUUAUAUUUAUCAUAUUUGUGCCAACUUCGCUUAUUUUCUCUUAUUUUCGCUUAAGCGUACGAGAGAUCUUGACUGAGUCACAUAGGAAAGCAUUCAAUCAUGCGUAUUAAUUUAUUUAAUUUAUUUGAUUCAUUUUGAACUCAUCCUUGAUCCUUGAUCCGGUUUUUCCAGGAAGCCCGCUAAGCACAACCAAAAGCGCGGGAAAAAAGUGCGUUUGCGCAGUGUGAGUUUUCGUCUUACGUAAGUCGCGAACAGGCUGCAAUGCCUUUUAGAGUAAGUGAUUUCAAAUCUUAUAUGAGCUGCUGCUUGUAAGAGUGGAAAUUUACCGUUUGUGCGAUGAGUUCACGUCAUAUUAUGUAAGCUGAUGAUUAUUUUCCUCGUACCAACUGUUUUAUUUAUAACAUAUUAGUUAUGAACUGAAGUGGAAAAGACUAUGACCUAAAAAGUGGAGGAUUGUUUUUCUGUUAUUAUUUUUCAUUUGCUUUUUUUGUUAUUUAUUUUGUUAUUUAUUUUGUAGAUUCUCACUGGGAUUUUGUGCGCGAAAUUUUGAAUCUGACACUGCAAGUGCUCAAACCCGAGGGAAAAUUCUUCGCCCAGGUAAAGAUACUUAAACAUUGUAAUCUUGAUUGUGUGAUCGUUUGAUCAUAAUUUGAGCUAUCUUUUGUUUAUUUUAGGGUACAAAUGGUGCAACAUGCAAGAAGCAAAUAGAGCAGUAUGAACAGCAGUUGAUGAAUCUCUGUUAUCCAGUUGAGUUUAGGAGAGAAUUUGCGUUCGUUCCUUCAUUUGAAGAAAGGUAUCCUUUGCUAUGGUCCUAAUCCCAACAAAUUUAUUUUUCUCAAUUUCAACAUCCGUUGCUUCGUAUCUACUCUCACCUCGGGGGUUUUUUUAUUAGAUUUUGAUCAGAUUUAAGAGAAUCUGACUGCUUUUUAAAAGAUGAGGCCGCUAAAUGGCAUCACAAUACCACCACAAUAAAUCCAGAAAAUUAACAAGUAUAAGAAAAAGUCUGGGCACUGAUUUGGUGUGACCAGUUUAGAUAAACACAGGGUCAUCAAGAUGCUUUGGGAGUCUCACUUCCAAUCCUUUAGGAGGUGGUUACACAGAAGCGCGGCUAGUAAAUUCGUUUCUAGUCUCUUCGAGUACCUUUUGAAAAUUCUCCGGUUGGCUUUUCAGUGACCUAACUUUUAAGGUAGGACUUGAUGAUGAGCCGUCCAUUUAAAAAUUCCGCGCAUGUUGAAAUAUUAGCUUACGUCGUUCCUCACUUGUUUUGUAGUUGUCGUGUUGUGGUGUAUCGUUUGUGUGUUUCUAAUUGUUUUUCGACCUCUCAAGGACUCCCUUUUCUAACAAGGGGGGGGGGGGGAAGAGAAUUGUCCAUAAAUCUCAUGAAAUGUAUGGUUUAGUUAAGUUUGAUCUGUCUGCUAAUUGAGAGACCUCUUCCCUUUUCCGUUUAUCCUUGACCUUUUGCCAGCUGGACUUUCUACGAAGUGUGGAGGAAGCGGACAUGACAAAUGAGUUUUAAUCUACGAAGUCCAUCGUGCAAAUCCAAAAAAUAAUCAAUGAAAAAAGUUGUGGCUAGCGUGCCCUGCAAAACUCUGGGAGUAAGGUUCGCAAAAAGAAUUCCGCGCGGCGCGCAAGCUAACUUUUUUUUUCGCUCAAUUCAUCCUUUUUAUACGCUACAGAAAUCGUUGUUUUGUGUGAUUUUUGUUUGUAUUUGCUCCUUUUGUGCACAAAUCAUUCAGUCAACAAUGAGCUCUUACUUGCUGUUGAAGACACAGUAUACGUAACAAUAGAAUUUCAUCACAACUGGGAAUAAGGAAAGCGUGAAAACAAUAGCGUGAUGUAUACUGUGUAAUGCAAUGGCAGUUAUGGGUGUGACAUUUAUAGGUGUGAAAGGUAUUAAUAGUAAAGACUGCCAAACUUACUUUGUCAGCUUGCUUGUUGGAGGUUUUCUUUUCUAGAAUCUUUCAGUGUUACAUUAAGCACCUAUUGUUUGAGCAACUCUGAAAUGAAGGUCGAAAGCAAGCCAGGAUUGUAAUGGUUUAGGUUUGCUUCAAGUCCGGUAAAAUCGCUUUAUCCUUAGCCAAUCAGAUGCAAAUCUAAAACAAUCACGACUUGUUUUUUCACGUUUCCCCUCGCCUCGGGCAGUUUGUUUGUAUUUACUUAGAGUCCUCAUCGGCUUCCUUUAGUAUUUUCUCAAGUUGUGAUUGGCCGGUUUGCGCUCAACCAGCCGGUCGUUGUCGUUUCCUGCGCAGGAGUUUUUUUUUUUGUUCCUUAUCUUUUCUUCGUGGAGACAGCAUAGAUUUGUGUUCUCGUUGGCUGUUUACAUAUUUCUUAUUUUUCUUUGGUUGUGGCACUAAAAUCCCAAAAUACAUUCGCAAAUUGAACUAAAAUGUGAGCUUGUGUCGAUUCCGUUUCAAAAUCCUUAUCACAAAAUGCUCUGUUGCUUUCCCUAAGUUACCUCCCGAAUAUGUUCGUCUAUUCACGAACGCAUUCUCAUAUUGAGUUCCUGCAUAUUGUUCAUUAAUAAGGAAAUGGUGUAAUUAAACAUUAAGGUCAUGACAAUUAUAGAUAUGUUUGCAAACUAAAGGAGACUGUUAAACAAACUCUACUUUUCAACAUCAUAGGAAAUGUUUAGGGAACAGUGUAGAGAAUAUGCACACCGAUGUUAGGUUGUAUAAAGGGUGAAGAAACCAUCGAUGGAGGUAAAUCCAUUUUUUCCAAAUGUGACUGACACCAGUAUCAGUGUCCUCUCUGUUUAUAUCAGUCAGGGUUCAAAGAAAUUUAUAAAUAUAAACAGGAAAGAGAUAUAAAUAUUACCCUUGAAAUUUUAGUCUUAACUGAACACGACUGUAACCUAGUGAACAAAGCAAUUGACCGUAAAUAUUAUGUAUAGAUCUGUUACUUCUACUAUUCAUGAUUUUCUUGGCUGUUCGGCUGUUCGGCUGUGCGUCAUCAAAGAUCGUUUUCGAAACUUGAGCAAAUAUAGCAGUGAGUAUUUUAAUUCAUAGAACUAAAUAUAGGAUGCUAUUAGGGAAAUUUUCAGUGCCACGAUAUCUUGUCUGGGAACUGCUACAAAACAAUCGUCCCUUUUCUUGACCUGGACUCACUGUAGAAAUUGUUUUGAUAAUCACUGCAUGGUUUGAUUUUUCUGUUUGACUUCAAAAGUCUUCUUUGUGGAAACAAACUGCCGGUCGGCUGCCCACCA